AUGUCAACAAGAGCUGAAUGUACGAAACCUUUAGAAAUGAAAUUUAAGGAAACUCGACAAGGUGAAAGGUCAUUUAAAUGUCCAGAAUGUGGGAAAUCAUUUAUUACAAAAACAAAUCUUGUUGAACAUCAGAGAAUUCACACAGGAGAGAAACCGUAUUCAUGUACAGAAUGUGAGAAGUGUUUUCGUCAGAAGUCAAUUCUUUUUCGACAUCAGAGAAUUCACACAGGAGAGAAGCCGUUUUCAUGUACAGAAUGUGAGAAGUGUUUUAUUCGGAAGACACUUCUUGUUCAACAUCAGAGAAUUCACACAGUAGAGAAGCCGUUUUCAUGUACAGAAUGUGAGAAGAGUUUUAGUCAUAAAAUAAAUCUUGCACGUCAUGAGAAAAUUCACACAGGAGAGAAGCCGUUUUCAUGUACAGAAUGUGAGAAGUGUUUUCGUCAGAAGUCAAUUCUUUUUCAACAUCAGAGAAUUCACACAGAAGAGAAGCCGUUUUCAUGUACAGAAUGUGAGAAGAGUUUUAGUCGGAAGUCACAUCUUGUUCAACAUCAGAGAAUUCACACAGGAGAGAAGCCGUUUUCAUGUACAGAAUGUGAGAAGUGUUUUAGUCAAAAGUCACAUUUUGUUCAACAUCAGAUUAUUCAUACAGAUAUCCCUUUAGCCAUUUAA